CGGGGAUACCGGGGGGGGCACCGGGCGGAACGGUUGUGUUGGGAAACGUUUCCGGGGGGAAACCGUGAGGGAUGGACCGCGCGGGGGGGGAGCGGGAAGGGACGGACACUUCCGGCGGAAGUGGCUGUGGGACGGGCGCGGGAACCGGGGCUCGCCAUGGAACCGGAGCCGGGCCCUGAUCCCGACCCGGGCCUUGAUCCCGCCAUGGACCCGGGCCGCGAACCCGUAGCGGGCCCCGGCCACGAUCCGGGAACGGGCCCGGACCCGGUAACGGACCCGGCGACCGAUCCCGACGUGGAGCCGCUGCACCGGGGCGGCUUCCGCUGCCGCCUGUGCCAGAUCACCACGGCCAACCUUCCCAGCCUCCUCUCGCACCUCUCCGGUCGGCGGCACCGGCGGCUCCGCGCUCUCCGCGCCGCGCGCCGCGCGCAGGCGCAGCGCAGCCUCUUCGUCAGCGGCUUCCCGCGGGGCACGGCGCCCGAGCGGCUGCGGCGCCACUUCCGCGCCUUCGGGCCGGUCGCGACAGUCGUGAUGGACAAGGACAAGGUGCGGGGGGGCGGCGGGAGGGGACACCGGCACCCUCCGACUGUCGCGAUAGGCGGGGGGGACGGGGGGCUGCAGCUGCUGGUGCGGGCGCUGGAGCUGAGCGCGGCCGAGCGGCGCCUGCGGGAGCUGCUGCUGGCGCUGCUGCGCGAGGUGUUCAGCGAGUUCUUCCCAGGCUGCUCCCUUGUCCCCUACGGCUCCUCCGUCAACGGCUUCGACGUCCACGGCUGCGACCUGGACCUGCACCUGGAGCUGGGGGACCCCCAGAGCCCAGAGACCCCAAACGGGGACCCCCAAAUCCUGGAGACCCCAAACAGGGACCCCCAAAUCCUGGAGACCCCAAACAGGGACCCCCAAAUCCCAGAGACCCCAAACGGGGACCCCCAAAUCCUGGAGACCCCAAAUGGGGACUCCCAGACCCUGAGAACCCCAAACGGGGACCCCCAAAUCCCAGAGACACCAAAUGGGGACCCUCAGAGCCUGAGACCCCCAAAUGGGGACCCCCAAACCCUGAGAACCCCAAAUGGGGACCCUCAGAGCCUGAGACCCCCAAAUGGGGACCCCCAAACCCUGAGAACCCCAAAUGGGGACCCUCAGAGCCCAGAGACCCCAAAUGGGGACCCCCAAACCCUGAGAACCCCAAAUGGGGACCCUCAGAGCCCAGAGACCCCAAAUGGGGACCCCCAAACCCUGAGAACCCCAAAUGGGGACCCUCAGAGCCUGAGACCCCCAAAUGGGGACCCCCAAACCCUGAGAACCCCAAAUGGGGACCCUCAGAGCCCAGAGACCCCAAAUGGGGACCCCCAAACCCUGAGAACCCCAAAUGGGGACCCUCAGAGCCUGAGACCCCCAAAUGGGGACCCCCAAACCCUGAGAACCCCAAAUGGGGACCCUCAGAGCCCAGAGACCCCAAAUGGGGACCCCCAAACCCUGAGAACCCCAAAUGGGGACCCUCAGAGCCUGAGACCCCCAAAUGGGGACCCCCAAACCCUGAGAACCCCAAAUGGGGACCCUCAGAGCCCAGAGACCCCAAAUGGGGACCCCCAAACCCUGAGAACCCCAAAUGGGGACCCUCAGAGCCUGAGACCCCCAAAUGGGGACCCCCAAACCCUGAGAACCCCAAAUGGGGACCCUCAGAGCCUGGAGACCCCAAACGGGGACCCCCAAAUCCCAGAGACACCAAAUGGGGACCCUCAGAGCCUGAGACCCCCAAAUGGGGACCCUCAGAGCCCAGAGACCCCAAAUGGGGACCCCCAAACCCUGAGACCCCCAAACGGGGCCCCACAGAGCCCAGGGACACUGCUGAGGGAUGGGGACCCCCCUCCCCAUGGGUCCCUUUUGGGGGACAAGGACCCCCCCCUCAGGGGGUCGUUUUUGGGGUCUGACAGGUCCCAUCUGGGGUCCGAGGGGUCCCUUUUGGGGGACGGGGACCCCACUUCCAGGGGAUCCCAUCUGGGGUCCGAGGGGUCCCUUUUGGGGUCUCCCUUGGGGGACAGAGACCCCUCCCUCGAAGGGUCCCUUAUGGGGUCCGAGGGGUCCCUUUCGGGGGACAAAGGGUCCCUUUGGGGGUCUGAGGGGUCCCUUUUGGGGUCCCUUCCGGCUGACCGAGACCCCUCCCUCGAAGGGUCCCUUAUGGGGUCCGAGGGGUCCCUUUUGGGGUCUCCUUCGGCUGACCGAGACCCCCUUUUGCCUUCCGAGCCUGCCUCUCCCGCGGGGUCCCCGUGCGGCUCUGAGGGGGGGUCCCUGUCGGGGGCUGAGUCCCCCGAGGCCGAGGGGUCCCUGUCGGGGUCCGAGGGGUCCCUUUUGGGGUGCGGGGGGUCCCUUUUGGGGCGGGGGGCCCCCCCGGAGCAGGUGCUGGCGCUGGUGGGCGCGGUGCUGCGGCGCUGCGUGCCGGGGGUCCGGGGGGUCCGCGCCGUGCCCGGGGCUCGGCGCCCCGUGGUCAAAUUCAGCCACAAACAGUCCGGGCUGGCCGGGGACGUGUGCCUGGACAACCGCCUGGCGCUGUUCAACACGCGCUUCCUGCGCCUCUGCGCCGACGCCGACCCCCGGGUGCGGCCCCUGGGCUACGCCCUGCGCCUCUGGGCGGGGGGGCAGCGGCUGGCAGGGAACCGGGCGGGGGGCGGCCCCCUCCUCACCAACUACGCGCUGACGCUGCUGCUGGUGCUGUUCCUGCAGAGCCGCAGCCCCCCGGUGCUGCCCUCCGUGCGCCGCCUCCGCCUCCUGGCAGGGCCCCAGGACCGUGCCCAGGUCGGGGGGUGGGAUUGCAGCUUCCCCCGGGACGCCGCGGCGCUGGAGCCCAGCGGGAACGGCCAGAGCGCGGCCUCCCUCCUGGCCGAGUUCUUCUCCUAUUUCGGGACCCUGGAUUUGGGGGGGCUCCUCCUGUCCCCCCUGGAGGGCCGAGCUCUGCCUCGCCCCCCACCCGAGAGCCUCGGGGGUCUCCGCCCGGGCCCCCUGACCCUUCAGGACCCCUUCGAGCUGAGCCACAACGUGGCGGCCAACGUCCCGGCGCGCACGGUGUCGCGAUUCGUGCGCUGCUGUCGCGACGCCGCCCGGCUCUGUCGCGGCGCCGAGUUCCUGCAGAAAUCGCGGCGGGGCCGCCCCUGGGGCGUGAUGCGGCUGCUGCAGCCCGGGCCCGCCGCCAGCCCCGCCAGUCCGGCCGCUUCCCAAGGGAAAUUCCUGAUCCCGCUCCCGCUGAGACCCCCGGGGGGCCGCGGGGGGGUCCCGCAGAGCGAGGUGAGCGCGGCCGUGGGGUUCGUGCUCAGGGAGGUGCUGGGCUGCGGAUGCGAGCCCGAGGGGGGCUGCGGGGACGCGGGGACGGCGGGGCAGCCGCCCCCGGGGGCCGAAUAUCACCGGGACGGAGCCCCCCGGGGGGGGCGGGCGGGGGGCGAGCUUUGUAAAUCCUGA